AUGAGGUCUGAGGCCUUGUUGCUGUAUUUCACGCUACUGCAGAUUGCCAGGGCUGGCUUCCCAGAAGAUUCCGAGCCAAUCAGUAUUUCACAUGGCAACUGUGAGUACCCCAAGCUUUUUCCAACUCCCCCCAAACACCCUGCUAUCCAACCACCACCCCCCUCUACCCUCUCCCCCUCCCCUUCCCUCUGAGUGCUUUUGGAAGGUAGAAUGUAAUUUGGUGCCCAGGGAAAAAAUAAAUAAAAUGAGUUAAAGCAGCAUUUGAAAUGGAGCCCACCCUACAUCAAAGGAUAAUCCUGUAUUUUCCUGUUGGGGCUUUCAUGCAGUGUGUGAUAGUGUAAAUACCAGAUGAGGCUAAGAUGUCCCCUGUAGCUCAGUUGGUAGAGCAUGGCACUUGCAACGCCAGGGUUGUGAGUUCGUUUCCCACGGGGGGCCAGUAUGAAAAUGUAUGCACUCACUAACUGUUAGUCGCUCUGGAUAAGAGUGUCUGCUAAAUGACUAAAAUGUAAGAUAGGUUUAUUGUGCUGUCUCUCUGUUUCAGUAGACCCUAUAUUCCUCCCAGCCAUGCAGUGUUGGAGCAACCUCAGAAAGACCUUUCUAUCAGGCUUUUUAAAAACAUAUUGCCUUGCUGGUGGGGGGGUUGCUUCUGAUAUUUAUUGUUUUUGUUCCCCCUCCUCACAGAUACAAAUCAGUAUCCGGCUUUCGUUGGACACAAACCUGGAAGAAAUAAUACACAACGGCACAAACUGGACAUCCAGCUGAUCAUAAUAAUGAACCGAACGUUGUAUAUCGCUGCCAGGUCAGUUCCUGCCCUUUUUCUCGCAGGCCACUAGCUCUCAUAUCAGUUCCAGUUUUAGAUUUUCCCCACAAAGUAAUAUCAAAUGAGAUUACAAUGAAUUGUGAAUUUGUGAUGCUAUUUUAAUCCAAUAAUGUGAGGCCGUUCCUUGUGGAAUUGUACUAUAUGUGAAUGUUAUUUUGAUUUUUUUUUUUUUGGGGGGGGGGCAGGGUCAAGUUACAUAUUAAUAAUAAUACUAAUGUUGUACAUCCCAUUUCUGUUUAAGUGUAUACACACACAAAGAAAUUGUAUAAAAGAUCAAAACAAAACAAAGUAUAUCAGUUCAAUUCAAUUAAAAUCAACUAGAUUCAAAUCCACUGAAUACAAUUCGAUUGAUUUAAUGUAAAUCAAUAAAUUAUAAAAAAAUUUUGUGUGUCAAAGAGACUUAAAAGAAGACACUGACUUAGCCAGACUGAUAUCUUGCAGCAGACAGAGGUGCACAGUAUAUAUAUAUUCUCUUUUAAGAAUGAUACUGUUUGUGGCUUUGUAUUAAUCUUACUAUUAUAGCCUCUCAGUCUUGUUGUAAAAGUUAUUCCAAGCACCUCAAAUAACUUUCUUGCAACCUUGUUAUAAAUAAAGGGUCUAGACUGAAACUGAGGUUGUCUGACGGAGAUGCCAGAGUCAUCAAUAGUAUUCUCCAUGGGGAAGGAUAUUGAAUUCAUUUCAUUGUGUAUCAUUAUUUUUCUGAAACUCAAAAGUACUAGCUUGGCUGGACAGUGAUUUUUUUAAAAAUAAUAGACCUUACAUGUUACAAUGUGAACAAAGCCACAGCAUUCUCCACUACAUUGGGGGAUACAGAUGAUGCAGAUCCGUGUCUUCUUUUGUAUUGGCCUAAUUACAUAGUAGCUUGAUUGGAUGCUGUUGAAAGCAACAAUGGGUUGCUUUGUUUUCUGAGAGUGCAACAAAAUAAGUGGCCAUUGAAGCCUGGUUCCUAAGUAGCAGGCCUGUUUAACACGAAUGUGGUCAUUAGGAGGUGUUGGGCGCUUUGGAGUCCUAGCCUUUGGUCUGACUGCUGCCUCCCACCUACUCCACACCAGGCCUGGGGGAAAUGAGAAAGGGAGGGUUUUAUUAGUGGGGGGGUGGUGUGAGGACAACAAGGUGUGUUUCUCACUAGCAUAUUAAAGGAGACAGGAAUUCCGACGGACACAUGGCGAGGGGGAAUGUGACCAUGGGAUUGUUGGAAUUGCUGUCGUUGAGUAGAUAGAUUUUAACUGGGAGAAAUGUUUGAAUCGAUAGGAUGAUGUCACCAAAGCAAAGUGGACACCGAGAUUGCUGAGCACAAAUGGAUAUUGAUACAUACAACUAGAUGACCAACAGUAUAAAGCAAAUAGUUGGAUGGUCAUUGCAAAAACAGAAUUCAGAGUAAGUCAACAGGCCAACCGUACAAACAAUACAAUGAAAACUUUUGCCUAAUCAGACCUCAGUAGAGGCCAAUAAGCUGCCUUUACACAGGCAGAACAAUUCUGAUUAUUUUUCCACUAAUUGGUCUUUUGACCAAUCAGAUCAGCUCUUUUGCCAAUAUUUGGGCAAAAGUUCAGAAUUGGGCUGCCUAUGUAAAGGCAGCCUUAUAGUCAUAACCCAGUGAAAUGUGUCUGUUUUGAGGAUAGUUGUGGGCCAGUGUUGAGGGCCCAGUGUUGAGGGCCCAAUGUUGAGGGCCCAGUGUUGUGGGACCAGUGUUGAAGGCCCAAUGCUGUGGGUCCAGUGUUAUGGCCAUGAUGCCAUGCCUGAAGACCAAAUAAUCUCAGUGUGCAGCCUGUAGCUGGUCAGUGGAAACGGUGUCCAAAUCCAAACUCUGUUUCAGGCCAUUUUGUGAAUGGUAUAAAUCCUUUUGGCUCUUGUUUUACGCUAGCAAUAACACCACAAGCUCUUUUAGCAGCAGGACAUGCAAACAUAUCCACUGCCAAAAUUGUAAAUAGACAAAAGUGGCUUAAUCUGGAGAAAAAACCCGUAAUCUUUGGCAAUGCUGGAGCUCCAACAUAUGCUGUAAUUGCCGUUAUUUGGUCUUUGUGGGAGUAGUUUUAAACAUGUAUCUUGAUUAGGUCAUUCUCUUUAGUCAUUUGUGGCUUCUAAUAUGUUAAUUAUUCCACAAAGCUUGAAUAUGUUAUGUUAAUUAUGCAUUCAGUUCAUGUCUGUUGUGGAUUGGUUUGAUAUUCUGUACAUUUUUCUCAAAUCUUUUUUAGUAAAGACAUUAUCCACAUUACAUUUACAUACAUUUUCGUCAUUUAGCAGACGCUCUUAUCCAGAGCGACUUACAAAUUGGUGCAUUCACCUUAUGAUAGCUAGUGGGACAACCACUUUACAAUAAAACAUUUUUUUUUGGGGGGGUGGGGUAAGGGGGGGUAGAAGGAUUACUUGAUCCUAUCCCAGGUAUUCCUUAAAGAGGUGGGGUUUCAAGUGUCUCCGGAAGGUGGUGAGUGACUCCGCUGUCCUGGCGUCGUGAGGAAGCUUGUUCCACCAUUGGGGUGCCAGAGCAGCGAACAGUUUUGACUGGGCUGAGCGGGAACUGUGCUUCCGCAGAGGUAGGGGGGCCAGCAGGCCAGAGGUGGAUGAACGCAAUGCCCUCGUUUGGGUGUAGGGACUGAUCAGAGCCUGAAGGUACGGAGGUGCCGUUCCCCUCACAGCUCCGUAGGCAAGCACCAUGGUCUUGUAGCAGAUGCGAGCUUCAACUGGAAGCCAGUGGAGUGUGCGGAGGAGUGGGGUGACGUGAGGGAACUUGGGAAGGUUGAACACCAGACGGGCUGCUGCGUUCUGGAUGAGUUGUAGGGGUUUGCCAGGAUAUGACACUUUUAUCUCCUAAGAGUCAGUCAUUUUCUUUGACUAGCUGUUGAGUAAUUCUCAGUCUAAUAUCUUAGUGGGAAGAAACCAAAUCAUUUUAUUUUAAGUAAUAUCUGUUUAGUCUAUUGAGUCAUAGGCCUAUCUAGUCAUUCUCAUGGUGAUGAACAAUGACAUUAUGAGAUAGCUGUAAUAUUCUUUAGGUUUGUCUGCUUUACUUUACCAUAUUUCCAAGCUAAAUAAUGCAUACAUCAAUGUUGUCAUGAAUUCUAAUAAGGGAAUUAAUGUCACCACCCAGUGAGCACAAGACGUUGAAAAUACAUGUCUUUUCAACCAAAAAUAUUUAUGUUCAUAGGGCUCAUAGGGCAGUCUGGCCCCUUUUGUGCACUGCCCAUACUCAGCCUGGCAGGGGUUGUCAGAGGCCUGCUCCCUGCUGUAUGUUGAGUGUGUUCUUGUGGUGCUGCUGUGUGUGGGCGUGUGUUUGCUAGGCCUGUCCAGGGCCGACUCUGUGAUCAGAGGUAGAGCAGACACUGAGGCUUAGCCCGGACUUAAGCUCUGUCCUGGUGUCUGCCCGCAGGGACGAUCAACCGGCCACUGCCAGCCUGCCAAUAGGUAGCAGCCAGCGGGUACCCCAAGGCCCAGGUCACUCCGCAUGCAGGGCAUAGUCGCCAUUCCCUGCCCUCGACUCCCGCUAACCAUGGCAACGGCACCCACCCUCUGUUUACACCCCUCAAUAAGGGUGGGAAUGGGAAAGUCUGCCAUUAGGAGAGCCGCCCGCGUGCAUGUGAACGCGCCUCCCCGGUCCUCCUGAAAACCCUGAGUCUCUUUGGGCCUGCCCACUGGAGGCGCAUGGGUCUCAAUUAUUCUAGUCACCAUCAAAUCCUGUUAAAGCCCGUUAAUGACGCGGAUUACACUUCCUCUGCCUCUCAGAACCAGGCAGUAAUUUUGCCCACUGCAGUGUUCUGCCUGUACAAAAUGUAAAUAAGACAGCCAGAAAAUACUCAGUGAGGCUCCUCUUUAAGCCACUCCUCUGUGUGCCCAUUUAGCUUCUAUACCCUCACAUACACAGCAAAACAAUGUACAAUGCCCCCUACCACACAUGAUCUAGUUAUGAAGAGGGUGGAAUAUGGGGGGGGGGGGGGGGGGGGUUCCAUUUGGAGCCGAUAGGUGUGGGAUGCAUACUAAUUAUGGCCCCUUUUCUGCCGUCCGAGCGCGAGAUUGUUUCACAAAGGGCCACCAGAUGGACCGCACUGGCCUGCAGUUCCCCCAGAAGAAAUGGGGUGUUAUGAAAACGACAUUCCCUAGCACAAAGCCCCUCUGUUCUCAUGGUUGGAUGUCCAAGUCCUCCUCUUUCCCCCUCGACCCACCAAAGUGCACUUUCAACGCCCAUGUUUAGAGCUGUGAGGAUAUUUACAUACCUUCUAUCCAACUCACAUUCUUACGUCCUUAAUUUCGGGAAGUACAGAGCCCACUCCACAGUGAUUCAUUUCACAUUAAAAACCGGGUGGUUCGAGCCCUGAAUUCUGAUUGGCUGAAAGCGUGGUACUGUAUAUAAGACCGUAUACCAUGGGUGUGACAAACAAUGGCUAUUUAGUAAUCUAAUUACAUUGGUAACCAGUUUAUAAUAGCAAUAAGGCACCUCAGGGGUUUGUAGUACAGUGGGGAGAACAAGUAUUUGAUACACUGCCGAUUUUGCAGGUUUUCCUACUUACAAAGCAUGUAGAGGUCUGUAAUUUUUAUCAUAGGUACACUUCAACUGUGAGAGACGGAAUCUAAAACAAAAAUCCAGAAAAUCACAUUGUAUGAUUUUUAAGUUAUUAAUUUGCAAUUUAUUGCAUGACAUAAGUAUUUGAUACAUCAGAAAAGCAGAACUUAAUAUUUGGUACAGAAACCUUUGUUUGCAAUUACAGAGAUCAUACGUUUCCUGUAGGUCUUGACCAGGUUUGCACACACUGCAGCAGGGAUUUUGGCCCACUCCUCCAUACAGACCUUCUCCAGAUCCUUCAGGUUUUGGGGCUGUCGCUGGGCAAUACGGACUUUCAGCUCCCUCCAAAGAUUUUCUAUUGGGUUCAGGUCUGGAGACUGACUAGGCCACUCCAGGACCUUGAGAUGCUUCUUACGGAGCCACUCCUUAGUUGCUCUGGCUGUGUGUUUCGGGUCGUUGUCAUGCUGGAAGACCCAGCCACGACCCAUCUUCAAUGCUCUUACUGAGGGAAGGAGGUUGUUGGCCAAGAUCUCGUGAUACAUGGCCCCAUCCAUCCUCCCCUCAAUACGGUGCAGUCGUCCUGUCCCCUUUGCAGAAAAGCAUCCCCAAAGAAUGAUGUUUCCACCUCCAUGCUUCACGGUUGGGAUGGUGUUCUUGGGGUUGUACUCAUCCUUCUUCUUCCUCCAAACACGGCGAGUGGAGUUUAGACCAAAAAGCUAUAUUUUUGUCUCAUCAGACCACAUGACCUUCUCCCAUUCCUCCUCUGGAUCAUCCAGAUGGUCAUUGGCAAACUUCAGACGCGCCUGGACAUGCGCUGGCUUGAGCAGGGGGACCUUGCCUGCACUGCAGGAUUUUAAUCCAUGGCGGCGUAGUGUGUUACUAAUGGUUUUCUUUGAGACUGUGGUCCCAGCUCUCUUCAGGUCAUUGACCAGGUCCUGCCGUGUAGUUCUGGGCUGAUCCCUCACCUUCCUCAUCAUCAUUGAUGCCCCACGAGGUGAGAUCUUGCAGGGAGCCCCAGACCGAGGGUGAUUGACCGUCAUCUUGAACUUCUUCCAUUUUCUAAUAAUUGCACCAACAGUUGUUGCCUUCUCACCAAGCUGCUUGCCUAUUGUCCUGUAGCCCAUCCCAGCCUUGUGCAGGUCUAUAAUUUUAUCCCUGAUGUCCUUACACAGCUCUCUGGUCUUGGCCAUUGUGGAGAGGUUGGAGUCUGUUUGAUUGAGUGUGUGGACAGGUGUCUUUUAUACAGGUAACGAGUUCAAACAGGUUCAGUUAAUACAGGUAAUGAGUGGAGAACAGGAGGGCUUCUUAAAGAAAAACUAACAGGUCUGUGAGAGCCGGAAUUCUUACUUGUUGGUAGGUGAUCAAAUACUUAUGUCAUGCAAUAAAAUGCAAAUUAAUUACAGAAAAAUCAUACAAUGUGAUUUUCUGGAUUUUUGUUUUAGAUUCCGUCUCUCACAGUUGAAGUGUACCUAUGAUUAAAAUUACAGACCUCUACAUGCUUUGUAAGUAGGAAAACCUGCAAAAUAGGCAGUGUAUCAAAUACUUGUUCUCCCCACUGUAUAUGGCCAAUAUACCACUGCUAAAAUACUGUACUAUGGAAAUGUACAAGAUGUAUUUUAGAAGUUACACUACCACAUAGAAUGGAGAUGAGAGUCGGUCUGGCCUGCUGUAUAUUUAAGAGCUCUACCAUAUAUUUUAGUGGCCAGCAGGAAACUAAUGGGGACUUGCUCUGAAAUGAGCCCAGGUGCAGACAGUGACUGCUGGUGUUGACACAGAGACAGCUCCAGCAUUGUCCUGCCAGGAUGUUUGCAUGACGCAUGACUUGGCUCUGUCUUAUCUCUGCUGGAGCUCUGCUCUGAUUUGACUCUGCUGGAAUCACUAGGCUCUGAAACACUGGCCACAUCAACAGGAGGGAGCAAAUUAUUGGAAAUAUGGACUUUUUGGAACAAUGUCUCCAAUUUUUAUCAAUUAGGCAAAGCAUAUGGAGGAGAGAGAAUCCAGAGAAUCUUAAUGAAGAACGUUUUGAGGAGGAUGUCUGUGGCCCGAGCUUGAAUCAAAUUUUUGUCGCAGCUAUGCAGUGCAAUUAUUUGCCAAAGCAGAUAAGAGUGAACUUUCUCCCAGAAAGAAGAUACACUAUAUAUACAAAAGUAUGUGGACACCCCUUCAAAUUAUUGGAUUUAGCUAUUUCAGCCACACUCGUUGCUGACAGGUGUAUAAAAUCGAGCACACAGCCAUGCAAUCUCCAUAGACAAACAUUGGCAGUCGAAUGGCCUUACUGAAGAGCUCAAUGACUUUCAAGUGGCACCGUCAUAGGAUGCCACCUUUCCAACAAGUCAGUUUGUCAAAUUUCUGCCCUGCUAGAGCUGCCCUGGUCAACUGUAAGUGCUGCUAUUGUGAAGUGGAAACGUCUAGGAGCAACAACGGCUCAGCUGAGAAGUGGUAAGCCACACAAGCUCACAGAACGGGACCGCCGAGUGCUGAAGCGCUUAGCGUGUAAAAAUCGUCUGUCCUCGGUUGCAACACUCACUACCAAGUUCCAAACUGCCUCUGGAAGCAACGUCAGCACAAGAACUGGAGCUUCAUGAAAUGGGUUUCCAUGGCCGAGCAGCCGCACACAAGCCUAAGAUCACCAUGCGCAAUGCCAAGCGUCGGCUGGAGUGAUGUAAAGCUUGCCGCCAUUGGUCUAUGGAGCAGUGGAAACGCGUUCUCUGGAGCCAUGAAUCACGCUGUUUUUCAUGGUUUGGGCUAGGCCCCUUAGUUCUAGUGAAGGGAAAUCUUAACGCUACAGCAUACAAUGAAAUUCUAGACGAUUCUAUGCUUCCAACUUUGUGGCAACAGUUCAUGACAAUGCCCCAGUGCACAAGGCAAGGUCCAUACAGAAAUGGUUUGUUGAGAUCGGUGUGGAAGAACUUGACUGGCCUGCACAGAGCCCUGACCUAAACCACAUCGAACACCUUUGGGAUGAAUCGGAACGCCAACUGCGAGCCAGGCCUAAUCGCCCAACAUCAGUGCCCGACCUCACUAAUGCCCUUGUGGCUGAAUGGAAGCAAGUGCCCACAGCAAUGUUCCAACAUCUAGUGGAAAGCCUUCCCAGAAGAGUGGAGGCUGUUGUGGUAGCAAAGGGGGUACCAACUCCAUAUCAAUGCCCAUGAUUUUGGAAUGAGAUGUUUGACGAGCAGGUGUCCACAUACUUUUGGUCAUGUAGCGUAGUUUCAUUGCAACUGUCUCAGGCCAGAGAGAGAGAGAGGGUGGAGCUUCUCCAAAUGCUACCCUCUCAAGAUUAAUUAUUCAAUUUAGGACUCAGCGCUGAUAACAUAACUUAGUCAGGUUUUAUCCUCUAGGAGAUGCCAGAGCCCCAGGAAACCCAUAUAAGUGGAUUCAUUUCAGAAUUGCUGUUCCUCCAGACUUUAUUAAAUUCCAUUAAUGAGAGAGCAAGCCUCUGUGCAGUUUGGGAGUCAUAAUUAAAGCCCAAGUCUGACAGUCUGUUACAGACUUUGAUUAAAACCACAUUCACACAGUCAUCUCAAACAAAUGAAUCUUAAAAGUGGUUACAGCGUUGAGCACGGUCACCUUUCCCUCCUCAAACAAGCGUGUCAAUCACUCUCAGAGCCUUUCUCCACGGUCAGUCAACACAGUCUGGCAGAAAGGUAGUUAACCCCUGAAUUUAUGUGUUCCAUAUGCGGGUAGGAAAGCCUGUAUUACCAGUGAAACACAUAGGUCUUGUCUGCGCUUUAAUGAGUGUUAGUAUAGAUUUCCUGUGGCUGAACAUUAUGCUUAAUUGACCUGAACAGCAUAGAGUGACUUGGUCUUUCCCAUAAACAAAGAGGCUUUUGUCUGGGUGGCAGCAGCACUCUAAACUUUUGUUGACUGUUUCUGUCUGACAGAGCAAAUAGCCCCUUUGUAUAUUGUUAUUUCCUUCCUGUUUGAACAAAGUUUAGACAAAUAUGAACAGUUUCAGAUUCGCUGGGGGAGAAAUAGUUGAAUUGUUGGUGUUGAGUGCCUGUCUAUUUCCUCUCUUUCAGGGAUCACAUAUACACGCUGGAUACAGACACCGCCAACUCCGAGGAGAUCUUUUUCAGCAAGGUGAGUCUUUUUUUUUUGAAGACGUGUUGUUCUGCGCCGUUCUCCGGGCGGCCGUACUGUGCCGCUCGCCUAAUUACCUGGCGGGCUGUCCUGUCCAGUCCCGCUCCAGCGGCUUGUCUGGCGUGAGACACUGCAACGCCGUGACCUCGCUAAGCACGUUAUCCUAUCAGGCACCAAACCACAUGCGUCAUUGCUGGAUGGGGCCAAGAGAGAAACCGGAGAUUUAUGUACAUAUGUAACAACCCCUAACCUCCAACCCACCUUAUCCUCAGUGUCUUGUGUGAUCCACCGUUUUGUGGCAAAUAAUGAGAGCAAGCCAGAUCAAAGAGACUGAGACAGAGAUUGAUCACUGAGAGCCUGUUUAGCAGUAGUCUUUAAUCAGUGGGCAGGCUCCAAACACUAACACUGAACUGUAGCUGUAGUAGAGUCUGCUGUGGAAUGGCAGCUCGCCGGCUUCAGAGCAGCCCUGAGAGGACCCACAGGGCACAAGCAGAAUGCAGCAAAUGGAGCGAGGUGACUCCAGGCCGGGCUCUGGCUCUCUUGAGGAAUGAUGACCAGGGUAACUAAGCAGAGAUCUCCAUUGAUUCCCCAUCGAUUUUUCUCUCCACAGAAACUGACAUGGAAGUCCAGACAGGCAGAUGUGGACACCUGCCGAAUGAAGGGGAAGCACAAGGUACAGACUACAGAUAUACGUAUUCUCCCUCUCCUCAAUGUACUGAAUGUCACAGAAUACAUAAUAAUAACUAGGGCCAGGAGGUUUUCUUGACCAUGGAACCUUACCAGGAAAAUGCAUGUGCAUAUUCAUUUAAACCUACUUAUGUCAUCUCAGAAUGCCUUGCUGUCUCACAUGCUUCUAUAUGAAUACUCUAUCGUGAAAUGAAUAUUUAACUGUAAUUAAAUGUCCUUUAUUGUAUAAUUCAUGUUAUUGUGCAUGUUUUUGUUUUCCGUGCAUUUGUCAUUCUCAUCAAAUAAUAUACUGUACAGUUAGUAGCAUUCCAGGAACAUAAACUAGUCAGUCGCCAUCAUUAAUUCCUUUGAACUUAGCUGUGAAUGUCAUUUCGCUCUAGUUUCUAUUCAGCACAAGAAUGGAUCAGUCACAAUUUUAAAAAAAAAUCCCUUUCCUCCCCAAGGAUGAAUGUCACAAUUUCAUCAAGGUCCUCCUGCAGCAAAACGAUGACACCUUGUUUGUGUGCGGAACAAAUGCUUUCAACCCCUCCUGUCGAACUUACAAGGUACAGCUCGCAUUGCUCACUACUACACAUGCUCUGACUUCACCUGCUAAGAAUGUGCUACAUAGACAGUGCUGUAUUUCACCGAUAUGGGUACGACGUAAAGGAGAAGAGGUGUGGAGAGAUGGACAUUGAUGGAUUACUUUCAAAAGCCCAUGGUCGGAUGUGUCUCUUUUUCUAGGUGUAGUUUGGCACGUUUGAUUUAAAAGCAGGUAAACCUAGGCUGACAUAUAGGCACAGCAGUUCUUUUGAAAUAUGAUGCUCUAAUCAAGGCAGGCGGCCGCCUCGGUUGUCAAGGCAUUUUUGGAAUAGUUUCAAGAUUUCCAUGGCUUUGGCAGAAUUAUUAAGCCUGUCUUCUUUAGAGAGGAGCACCAUCUGAUUAAGGCAGCACCCCGUACCUCUCUGAUUCAGAGGGGUUGGGUUAAAUGCGGAAGACACAUUUCAGUUGAAUGCAUUCAGUUGUACAAAUGACUAGUUGUACAACUGACCCCCUUUCCCCUUUUCCCUUUAUAUGUCAUCCUUAGGAAAGAUAACUCUAGAAGGCAGUUGUUGUUGGCAUGUUGGGAAAUGAAUUGAUGCCACAGUGGACUUGAUUUGAAGGUGUUGUUGGGAGACAUCAGGGAUUUGUUGUUUAUCGCGAGGUAUGUUUACCGCUGAACAAGACUCUUUGCUUCAUUGGGUUUUUGGUUCAACGAAGCACAGAAAGGGCUUGUGUUCUCACUCAAGCAUUCUUUAGAGAAUGCAGAAUUUAUGACCACAUUUUGUAGGCAUGGUUAGUUUUACAGUUCCUCUGCUCCCAUUUCAGACCCUUUUAAUUGUUAUUACUGGUAUAUUGUCUGCGGAAAGCUGACAUCCUCACUGACAUACCGUAACACGUAACGAGUGGCGCUGUAAAAUGUGUAAACGUUAUGGUGAAGAGGUGAAAUGAACAGGCUGUGCCUGUUGGCUGUAGGCUGUUGGCAGGCUUUCCCUGCCGACCCAUUCCAGGCUUUUGAGGUGCCCGCUGGGUGCAUCCACUCCUCGGUGCUCAGCCUGGUUUUGGUCGAGGGGGAGAGAGUAUAUGUGCGCAUGCAUCCAGCUUGGCCACAGUUUGCCUCACCACCUCGCCGGCCUGACAGGCCUGAAAAGAGCUUCUGUUUCGGGGCCAACCUCAUCCCACAUUAAUCAGAGCCACGGGGAGGGGGGAGGGCUAUACAAAUGUUGCUGUCGACGGCAGCUACACCACUUGCCCCCCCCCCCCCCCCCCCGCCUCUCUGAGCUCAGACAGACACCUUGGCAUCCGUGGGCCGCUCCCCAGAGCCGAGGCCCAGCUCGCUUUGUGUAAUAAAGCCUCCCUCCCUAGCUGCCUGAUAUAUGACGGGUGUCCAUUACAUCACAUGUUGCCGGGCGGAGCAGGGGAACGGUGCUGAGAGGGCCCAGGUGAUAUGGAUCAGCCGUGGGGUAAAGCCCCAGCGUCAGCCUCAGCCCCAGCCCGACAGGGUCUGACUGUCUCAAUGGGAGAGUCAGUGCACUGAAAUUGUGCACACUAUGAUUUCCCAUAGUAGCAAUAAACCCUAUAGGAUAACAACAGAGACAUGCAACAACUUACAAGGCCCCUUUCCACUGUGGAAGCAACCACCUGAAGGCCAUGCUUAUUUUCUAUUUGUAUUAUUAAUUUGCAUAUCGGGCCUUAAUUAUUGAGUUAAUGAAUUAAUUUACAUCCUCAAGGUUAGGUAUAGCGUCCCAUGUUUCUAAUUGUUUAUGGAAAAAUAAAAGAAUGUCUUCAGGAGCAACAACAUAAUUGUGUAUCCCUUUUCUCCUUGCUGUUUGAUAGUGGAUUGACCUCAUAUAUCUCCCAAUUGCCUUGGAGUCUCUUCCUCCUAUUCAAAUGGCAGGAAUAGAUCACUGACAGAGAGCCAAGCCCACAGUAGACAGAGGUCAUUGCCACUGUGAAAUUAAACAGGCAGAAGGGGGGCCUCCCGCCCUCCACCGAUGCUGCAGCAGAACCCAGUCCAAGUAACAGACAGUCCAAGAGACUCAGGCAUAGUGCAUCAUCACCCACAGUGAUACAGUUGAAAUGAGUGCCCUCAGGCUAGCCACGCCAUAUCAGUAAUAGAAAAUAAAUGUAUUUACAAUUUCCUGUUUCUACAAUAAAUAUCUUGAUAGCCGAGAGAAAAAUCCACUGCUGGUGUUGGUUGUCGUAAGAUAAGGUCACAAGUAAUUUUCACUGCCAAAACAGCUUAAUCUAUUUCUCUGGCAGGGUUUUCUGCACUCAGUGAGAGUGUGUGUGACCUUUUUAGUGGGCAGAUGAUAGCUGUUUCCACCGAGACAGGAAUAGAAAACAAAAUGACCUGUUUACAGACCAAAAAGGGCAGUGUAAGCACUUUGCCUUUCUUGGCAAGCUGCAGUCUUUGUCAAGAGUAUGCUAACUUUGUUAGCAUACAGUGAUCUUGACCUCAGCCUAUGCCCCGUAUGAAAGACUCAUGCCUACUGGGGAUGACACGGGCACCCAUAGAGGAGGUAACUGACCUUUCACCCGGAUAUGAUACUCAGCCACUGCCACUGCUGCUGCAAUGUUGUGUUAAAUAUGGUGCCAUAUUUAACAUAAUAACAUCAUUUUCCAAUGAGGAUAGGGUUGGGUUGGGGUUUGGAUGGGUUGGGUUGGUAUGGGAUGGGAUGACUGGGAGCUUUUGGGUGGAUUUUCCUCUGACCUUCUUCCCUUCCCCCACUGUAGAUGGACACCAUGGAACAUCUAAGGGAGGAGAUCAGUGGGAUGGCACGGUGCCCAUACGAUGCCAAACACUCUAAUGUCGCCCUGUUUGCGGGUGAGAGACCAUAACUAAUUCGUUACUGUGGAUGUGGCCUGGGAAAAUAUAGGGUACACUUUAACCUAAAGACAUAGCCUUAAAAAGCUUGCAUUACCACAUCAAUAUGAGUGCAAUAUAUAUAUAUUAUGUUGAGUGUGUAAUGUACUGUGUAUAUUUUGUAUACAGCAGUACUGUGUGUCUAAGACAACUUUCCCCUCAGGGACAUUAAAGUUCUUCAUAUCUUAUCCAAUACUAAGAGAAAUUAAACCACUUGUAAAUGCUAUGUCAAGAAUUUGUAUUUAUUUACAAUGUAUCAAUAUGGCUCACAGUAAUUACUUACAUUUAUUAUGUAAAUGUUCAUUAGCUAGAUAGGAGAAUCUUUCUCUAUUUGAACGCAAGGUUGCAUUAGGUAUACUGUCGUGCAUUUAAUACUUUGUGGCCUAUUUUGAUACCAAUACACUAACUGUAUGUCAGGAAUAAGUGGCAGUCUGUUACAUGCUGUUGAACAAAUUGUUGAACUCUGGGCCACAUUUGUUCCGUGUUUCUGGGAAGACUCUGUUGCUUGGCAGAUGUAGAUUGUGGGCAGCUUGGAAACACAAGAAGUGGUUUUACACCCCAAAAAUUUAAUCUUCUCCCGAAUGUGGGGAUUAAAAAUAAAUCAAAAAGACGAAACCCCAAAUGAGUCAUCUUUCCGUUGGUGGGUUACAACUCCUCCAACUGGGGAGCUUUUACAGUGAUUCAUUCCCAGUGAUAUUUGCUGUGAACCGAUUUAUGAGAUUUUUGUUUUCCUGCGAAUAGCCAAGGCAGAGUAAACGCCUUUAGAUGACCAGUUCAUUUGUAGCAGCAGAAUUGGAAUGGGAAUCUCUGAGUAAUCAAUAGGGUUCUUUACUAUCCUUUCAAUUCAACCUGGUCUCAGGACAUUUCGUAUUAUUCUGUAUGUAAAUCCAAGACCCUCCAUUUUGUAUGAUAUGUUACGUUUCGUAUGGUAUGUAUUAAUUUGUGGAUGUCCAUCACUCAUUUUGAUAUGUUACGAAUUACAAUUCAUAUUAUACAUUAUAUAUACAAAAGUAUGUGGAAACCCCUUCAAAUUAGUGGAUUCGGCUAUUUCAGCCACACUCGUUGCUGACAGGUGUAUAAAAUCGAACACACAGCCAUGCAAUCUCCAUAGACAAACAUUGGCUGUAGAAUGGCCUUACUGAAGAGCUCAGUGACUUUCAACGUGGCACCAUCAUAGGCUGCCACCUUUCCAACAGGUCAGUUUGUCAAAUUUCUGCCCUGCUAGAGCUGCCCUGGUCAACUGUAAGUGCUGUUAUUGUGAAGUGGAAACGUCUAGGAGCAACAACGGCUCAGCCGCGAAGUGAUAAGCCACACAAACUCACAGAAUGUGUUGAAGCGCAUAGCGCGUAAAAGUUGUCAUUACCGAGUUCCAAACUGCCUCUGAAAGAAACGUCAGCACAAGAACUGUUCGUCGGGAGCUUCAUGAAAUGGGUUUCCAUGGCCGAGCAGCCACACACAAGCCUAAGAUCACCAUGCGCAAUGCCAAGCGUCGUCUGGAGUGGUGUAAAGCUCACCGCCAUUGGACUCUGGAGCAGUGGAAACGCGUUCUCUGGAGUGAUGAAUCACGCUUCACCAUCUGUUAGUCCGAUGAACGAAUAUGGGUUUGGCAUAUGCCAGCCUUCCUCAAUGCAUAGUGCCAACUGUAAAGUUUGGUGGAGGAGGAAUAAUGGUCUUGGGCUGUUUUUCUUGAUUCGGGCUAGGCCCUUUCCUGUUUCAGUAUGACAAUGCCAUGGCAAAGCGAGGUCCAUACAGAAAUGGUUUGUCGAGAUUGGUGUGGAAGAACUUGACUGGCCUGCACAGAGCCCUGACCUAACCCCCAUUGAACACCUUUGGGAUGAAUUGGAAUGCCGACUGUGAGCCAGGCCUAAUCGCCCAACAUCAGUGCCCGACCUCACUAAUGCCCUUGUGGCUGAAUGGAAGCAAGUGCCCGCAGCAGUGUUCCAACAGUGGAAAGCCUUCCCAGAAGAGUGGAGGCUGUUAUGGGGGGACCAACUCCAUAUUAAUGCCCAUGAUUUUGGAAUGAGAUGUUCGACGAGCAGAUGUCCACAUAGUUUUGGUAAUGUAGUGUAUGUUACGAAUUUUGCAAUACGUACAAUAUGUUACGAAUUUGCAAAACGUAUGAUAUGUUACGAAUUCUGUCUAGGUGGCUAACGUUAGCUAGCUCGCUAACGUUAGCUAGGCUAGGUGUUAGGGGUUAGGGUUAAAGUUAGGGUUAAGUUUAGGAGUUAAGCUAAAGGAUUAAGUUAGGGUUAGGGUUAGGGGAAGGAUUAGCUAAAAGGGUUAGGGUUAGGGGAAGGGUUAGCCAAAAGGGUUAGGAUUAGGGGAAGGGUUAACUAACAUGCUAAGUAGUUGCAAAGUAGCUAAAAAGUUGUAAGUAGUUGAACAAUUGCUAAUUAGCUAAAAUGCUAAGGUUGCGAGUUCGAAUCUCAUCAUGGAUAACUUUAGCAUUUUAGCUAAUUAGCAACUUUUCAACCCUUCACCUAACCCUGACCUUAACCUUAGACGUUCACGUUAUACACUCCCCCCCCAUCCACCCCGACCAACCACCCUCCUUUCAUUUUUGCCUUAAGUAACCAUCUGUAUUAUGUAACCAUACCAAACGUAACAUAUCAUUCUAAAUGGAGUGUAUCGGAUUUACGUACAGAAUAAUAUGAAAUGCUCUGAGACCAUGUUGUUCAAUUAUGUAGUUAAAGUUUCCAAUGCAGCCAUCCAAUUGAAGCUGAGGAGCUGAGUUCAUCCUCGUUGCGGAUACUGUUCGCAUUGAGGAGCAUGUGUGUGUGUGUCUGUGUGUACAGUCUGUUUGUUCUCUGUCAAUGAGCCUGAGGUUUCUGUGUGUAUCCAUUUCUCUGGUCUUGGUUUCAUCUACAUGUUUGUGUAUCCAGUGACCAACAUCAGAAUCUCUGAGUGUUUGUUUGUGUGUUUGGCCCAUGACUGGUACGGCGGUUGACUUCUUAUCCCUCUCCCUCUCUCUUCUCCCUCCAGAUGGAAAGCUCUACUCCGCAACAGUAACAGAUUUCCUAGCGAUUGAUGCAGUCAUUUAUCGUAGCCUUGGAGAUAGCCCAACUUUGCGCACUGUCAAACACGACUCCAAGUGUCUCAAAGGUGAGGAGAGCCAUCGGAUAUAUAGACCUGAGGGUUGAAAGACGUGAUAACAUGGACAAUGAAUGACUGGUUGGAAAACAAAUCAGAGUUAGAGUGAAAGGGGGGUGAUUUGAGGGAUGAUUUGCUAUUGCAACACACUUUCUUUGAUGCUGUCACUCUCACAACCUUUCCCAUAGCAGUUAUGUACUCAGGAAAUUGGCUGCCCCAGGGAACGAAAAGAACAUGACCAGGUUGUCAAAGCUGAAUGGGGAGAUCCCUCAUUCCCCCCCACAUGUAAAUAGCCCCCUAAUAGAGAUGAUGGAUUGAGCUACUCCCGGUGCUGUGCCUGGGCUGUGCCUCACUGCACACUGUGAUUGAUACUUUAGGUAUUGGGUGUAAAAUGGGGUGUCUGAUCUGUUUUGUGAUGACAUGCCUUCUUUUUUUUCCAGAGCCGUAUUUUGUACAGGCAGUUAACUACGGUGACUUCAUCUACUUCUUCUAUCGAGAAAUUGCCAUGGAGUACAACACAAUGGGAAAGGUAAGCUGAUUGGGGUUGUCUGUCCCUUUUCUUCUACUCGAAUCAGGGCUACUUCCUCCUGAACAGGAGAGCCAGGAAGUGCUUUGGGAAGUAAAUAGGAAGAGGGUGUAUCAAGUAUCUGAAAGGGCGUUCAGCAAGACCAAAAUGGUCAACCUUUUUCGAUAUAGAAAAACAUUUGCAGGAUGUAGGCCUAAAAAUAGUUGAGAAAACAUGUUAAUGCCGCCUGGAAAGUCAUUUUGAAGUCAAAAUAUAUUCUCUGACUUGCACGUUCGUGCUACUGUUCUCCGAAAUGAGACAGACAGGAAAAGAGAGGAAAGGAAAAUUACUUUAUUCUUCAUUCAAGGUUUUUGACCAGAGGGAUAUGAAAGAUGUUUCGAUUAAUUCUUUCAUUUCAGUUUGCAUGUAGAAGGUUUAAUUGGGUACCUACAAGGAAAUUAUAUAAUUAUAUAAACAUUAUGUAUUUUUGAUUAAAUGGGGGCGGUGGGGAAGGAUUUUCACCCAAUUCCGACUGACAUGUUGUACUGCACAUGAAUACCAAGUAAAAUUCUCUGGUUAUUUUGAAAGGGAUAUCAAUAUAACGAAGCAUGUGCACAAAGUGGUUUGGUGGGUAAUUUGGGGUAGAGGAAUGGUACUUCCUGAUUGAAUAACUGAAGUUUCUUUUGACAAUCUGAAACGUAAGAAGUUCCACAGUCAUUAAUAAUGUGGGCUGUUGCCAGAGGAGGCAACAUGCCCCGAUCCACAUCAACGGGACCGCAGCAGGGUGAGUCAGCAGUUUUAAGGUCCUCGGCGUCCACAUCCCCGAGGACUUGUCAUGGACCAACAACACCACCACUCUGGUCAAGAGGGCGCAACAGCGUCUCUACUUCCUAAGGCGGCUGAAGAAAUGUGGAUGCCACCCCGGGUCCUCUCUAAAUACUACCGCUGCACCAUCGAGAGCGUCCUGACCGGAUGCAUCAUGGCCUGGUAUGGGAAUUGCCCCAUCCACGACCACAAGGCCCUCCAGCGGGUGGUAAAGAUAGCCCAGUACAUCACUGGAACCGGGCUCCCACCUAUCCAAACGGUGCCUGAGGAAGGCCCGCAGCAUCAUCAAGGACCCCACACACCCCAGCCAAGAGCUGUUCACUCCCUUACAGUCGGGCAGACGGUAUCAGAGCAUGAGGUCUGAUACCAACAGGCUCAGAGACAGUUUCUAUCUACAAGCCAUCAGACUUCUGAACACUUGAACUGGACUGGCCACCUGCUCUGAUUCUCCGUUCUUUAGCACACAUGCACUCACUGCACAAUUUAAACACUUGCCCCCAAUCCCCCCUUCCCCAAAACACAUGUAAAUAUUGGACUAUUGUCCCUUCCUGUAUUAUGCUUAUGCCAAAAUGUUUAUUCUGUUCUACUGAGCCAUUUACUUUAUGUUCGUAUUCUUAUCUUUUAUUAUUUAUUAUUGUUGUCGCAUUGUCGAGAAGGAACCUGCAAGUAAUCAUUUCGUUGGACGGUGUAUACCAUGUGUAUCCCGUACAUAAGACUAAUACAACUUCAAACUUUAAACUGGGUGUGUCUGAAAUAUCCACUGUGUGUGUGCGUUGUCCAGGUGGUGUUCCCCCGUGUGGCCAGGGUGUGUAAGAACGACCGGGGCGGCUCCCAGAGAGUUCUGGAGAAACAGUGGACGUCCUUCCUGAAGACCCGUCUCAACUGCUCUAUCCCAGGAGACUCCCACUUCUACUUCAACAUUCUGCAGGCCGUCACCGACGUCAUUCACAUCAACGGACGCGACGUUGUCAUGGCAACCUUCUCCACACCUUACAACAGGUACGAGGGCCGGCAGCCACACAAAAGGAAAUCAAUUUCCCAGGCCACCCCAGCACGUAAUUCACUGCCACAAUAGUUUUGUGCCCUUUGGUCAGGUGCGUAAUGUUAUUCCUGCAUUAUUCAUAUUGAGAAUGGAGAAUACUUUAAAUUUAAAUUACAAAGGAGCAGUAGAGCUGCCACGUAUUGUAAUUCCCAUUUUAUGGUGGUUUUUAGGCAAUAAGACAAUUGCUUGUGACAAUGCAAUUGAGCAUGGUUAAUUGGCAUUAAAAGUCAAUGAAGCGGCUUGGAAUUUCUAUAAGCGAAUUUGAUCUGGGCAUGAAUUGCAGUUAGUGAGCGAAAUGAGAGGGAACAGAUUUUGACUGGAGGUAGCAUUCAGGAUUUAUUAGCCAUUCAUUUAACCAAGUGCCUUGGCAGCAUGGCUUGCCUCUCGCUCUGUACAUAGCCAACGCUGGCUGAUUACUGAGAUUUACAGCCUUGGCCACGAGGUUAACAGAAUAUCAACUCUGUAACUGUUACAUUCCUGUCCUUGUACAUGCUGUCUCUUAAUGCCAAGGCAGCUGAAAUGCCCCUAAGAAACGACUAGGAAAUAGACAAGCGAUUCAGAGCUAUGCUAUGCACAGUUUGCACACAGUGGAAUCCUAUCAUUCGGACUGAGGAAUUUUCUUUUUGGGGGGUGGGAUGUUUAUACAGCAUUCCUGGGUCGGCCGUCUGCGCCUAUGACAUGGCUGAGGUGGCCAAUGCGUUCAUGGGACGUUUCAAAGAGCAGAAGUCCCCUGAUUCCACCUGGACACCUGUUCCUGAGGAUAAAGUUCCAAAACCAAGGUAUGCCCCCCUCUCCCACACACAAACGCAGGCACACCCGCAGCAUGAAAGAAGCUCGAUAUCAGCAAACAAAGCAUGAGAUCAUAUUCCAGAUGGCUGCCUACUUCUACAAAUGCACCAGCCUGAUAAAUCUCCAUCUCUGCGUUCCUAAUUACCCGGCAAAGAGCACCUCCUUUUCUCUGGUGAAACAAGCUUUUAAAAACCGAGAUCUGUGGAUGGGGAUCGUAAGUGGUGUUUAUCCCCAUAUGGCUGCUGAUGAUGUGGAGAGCAACAGCAUACCUCCCCUGGUGAUUAGCAUAAAAUGAUGUGUUUGUGUAAAACAAGGUCAGGUGUUAAUGAGAUCUGAAAUCUACAUCUCGUUUAUUCAAUUUCAUUUCUGUCGACGUUAUCAGCAGACAAACAGAAGGGAGUUGUCGCAAUGUUUCCCAGGUUUCUUUUACAGUGUCUUCUGCAGCAGCAGCAGCAGACAUGCCAUGUGUCAUCGUCUUCCUGACUGAUCUGCCUCUGGUGCUCUCUUUAUGUACUGUAGAUCUUAUUACAUUCUGCAGUGUCUACCAUGGAAAAUUGGUAAAAUUCUGUGGCCUGGGUGUACCGUAGUACAGUAAAACCUUUUUAUGGCUGUUGAGAGGUGAGAUGUCUUUGAACGGAUCUCCUAUCAAAGGCAGCUUCACUUUUACAGGGCCCCUCUCCUCUGCUCCUCUGUCCUUAUAAAGAGAUCAAAUGGCCGCUCUCUGACUCUCCCCUGUUUGAUUCCCUGCUGCUUUCAUCCACUUCAGGCCCGGGUGCUGUGCUGGCUCGCCGUCCGUAGAGAAGUACAAGGUGUCCAACGAGUUCCCUGACGACACCCUGAACUUCAUCAAGCAGCACCCUCUCAUGGAUGAAGCUGUUCCCUCUAUCGCUAACAGGCCCUGGUUUCUCAAGACCAUGGUGCGGUGAGUAUAGCCUCACUAGCUAGGAUAGUACGCUAGCUAGCUUGCUAGCUAGGUCUGGGUUAUGGGUAGAUUUCAUCAACGUUAUGCAUGCAUUAUGCAUUCAUAUUUGUAAUAACCGGUGGUAUCUUUAUAUAAAUAAAUCGUGGUAACAUUUGUGAUUUAAAUGGCAUGGCACAUAGCAAAGCGUUACGUUACAAGCAAUGUUGGCAGUUAAAAGCAUUAUAUAAGUCUAAAGCAGUCACUUUUAUGAGGGCAUAUGGUGGAGAGGCGGUUUUAGUAUCUAUGUCACAGCCUCUGUGUGUAGUAUGACUCUGACACAGGAAGUCAACCGCAAACUGACUCUGGAAUAGGACUUUAUCUCAUCUAUUCCCCAAAGGGACAUCUCUGAAUUCAAGCUUUUGUUACAAAUGGGAGUGGACUAUCAAAUCCUAUCAACUAUGAAAACCUAUUCCGUUCCCCGAUGUACAGUAUGUUCUGGCAGCUAGCCAGGCACAAUUUGUAGAUUGUCCCUCUUAAGAUUUCCUAUUAUGGGACAAAAUCAUGGACAUAGUCCUUGAGGUUGUUGUUACUCUUAAUAGGACAGAAACAUAUAAUACUUGAGAUUGCUGUUAUUGUUGAUAGUACAAAACCAUGGGCAUAGUGAACACAGACAUUCAAUGUCAUUUCAAACCAAACAGUCUGAGUGGGAGAGAAGAAGGCCUCUUCUCAUUAAUUUGAUUGUGAUGUGCGCAUUUACUCCGGUAAUGUGAAAUCAUCUUGUGCUCUCAUUCCAGCAUAGGCAUUGCACAUGUUUUAUAUCUCGUGACCCUGUGUAAAGAAGAGAUGUCUUUAAACAGCCAAAUGGAGAGGAUGUGGGGUCCUUGAAUGACUGAAUAAUGUAUUUGUCUUUCAUAAUUUCCAUCUCACUGAAUGAAUAGCUAUAAAAAUAUGUUUGCAUACGGAUCUGCAAAUUAUACAUCCUUUUGAUAACACUAGGAGCUCCAUGGUCCAAAUCUAAUUGGAUAUCCUACUAGAUAACACUCAGUGGAGUUUAGCCCCAAAAAUUAAAUCAGGAAAUCCAUAAAUGUGUUAUUCCUGCUAUUCCAUAUCCCUUCCAGAUACCGGCUGACCCGGAUCUCCGUGGACAACGCUGCGGGACCCUUUCGGAAUCACACCGUCGUUUUCCUGGGCUCGGAGAAGGGGAUCAUUCUGAAAUUCCUGGCCAAGAUGAACAGCGGUUUCCUGAAUGACAGUCUCUUUCUGGAGGAGCUCAACGUGUAUAACCCGGAGAAGUGUGUAUUCCAUUAGCUAGCCAUGCUACCUAACCCAGCAGUGCUACCCCAGCCACCAGAUGGCUACUCUAUCAUUUAAAGUGUUUCAUCAGGUUACACUGCACUGACCACAGCUAUUAAAUUAAAGAGCCGGCCCUGGAACUUCAGUAACGGGGGCUCAGACCGCAAAGCUUUACUCUUACAAAUGCAGAAUGAUGAAAGAAAAAAGAGAUGGACUGUGUUAGUCUUUAAAGCCAGCCUGAGAUCUCUCCUUAAUACAUUAUGAAGGAGCUUUUGGAAAAUGUGGAAUGGAAGUAGGGAAAAAUCUGCCUGGGCCUUGCCAAUGCAAAUAUUUACAUGACAGGCCUGAUGAUGGACUAGAGUCAAUGAGCGGGGAUGAGAGGAAUGUCUUUCAAGGUGACGGGCGUUUGUUAUCCAACAUCGUAGUGUCACGUGACAAGGGUGGGUGUGGGAUAAAGUACGAGCCCCCUCUUUCCCUCUCCCCCCUCUCUUCGUAGCAUGGGCAGAGGAGUCUCUGGCCCGCAACCAUCUGGCCUGAGCGGAUAGCAUAAGUGACUUGCUGGGUUGGAUCAGGAUCUGGGUUUGCCCACCGCACAUUACAGUGUACAUGACAUUACAUUGACUAUACGCCCUAAUUGAGGGCUCUAAUGCAGGGCUGGAGGUAAAUCCCUCCUCUGGGGUAGAUGGAUGCUCUGAACGGUGGGAUUAGCGUGGACUCUCUCUUAUACCCCGCAGACAAAAACGCUUGGGUGGGGCUUUGAGCAGCUUUCAACAAAGACUGGAGUUGUUUUAAGUGCUCUGUUAGUGUUGACAACUCAUGCCGUCCAUCUGUCUGUCUGUCUGUCUCUCUCUCUGCCUCUAACUCUAACUCCCCAUCCAGGUGCAGCAUCGAUGGCGUGGACGACAAACGUAUCGUCAGCAUGCAGAUCGACAGCCAGGGCCACUCUCUGUUUGUGGCCUUCACCUCCUGUGUGAUCAAGGUGCCGCUCUCUCGCUGUGAGAGGCACGGCAAAUGCAAGAAGUAGGUUUAGAAAUGAAACCCCUCCAUCCAUCCAUUCUCUUAGAUUCAGGGCUUUUGUAAUGCAUUUGUAAUGUCAUAACUAAUCAGUCUUCAGGAAAGUAAAAGAAAGGCUUUGAAGAUGCAGGUUGUGAUGAGAGUUGUGUGUGUGUGGUGUGUUUCCUCCAGAUCAUGUAUUGCCUCCAGGGAUCCCUACUGCGGCUGGGUGUCCGAAGGAGCAUGCAGACAGGUGGUGCUCGACCCAAAGUACGUUCCUGCUCAUUCCACUGUCAUACUAUCGAUUUCAUGUACAGUAGUCAUAAUACAAUCUGUGCCAUGUGAUGACUGGUGACCUCAAUGACUUCACUCUAUCUAUACAGUUGCUGUUUCAAUGAUUAGUUACAUUUUGGUGGUGCUCUGUAUUUUCUUCCAGCUGAACGGGCCAUUGGAAAGGCUGAUGGAAGGAAAGGGAUAUUUACUCUGGCGCUGGGGCUGGGGCUGGGGCUGGGGCUGGGGCUGGGGCUGGGGCUGGGGCUGAGACUGGGGCUGGGAUUUGCGAGGAGGGGGUUGAUGGUCACCAUCAUUUGUAGCUAUAUUUAUGACACAGAACUAGAUGCGUUUUGAACAAACAGCAUAUGAGGUUUCUGUGGGGGGAAACCAAUUUUACAGAUGAAGUCAUAAUAAAGGAACAGCUUUUGAUGUUCAAUUAAUUUAAUCCCAGCCAAAUGAUUGGUCUCGCAUGCUACAUUACGAUAUCCUAUUAUUAUUUCUAAAGCCCGGGCCUCUCGACUGUUCUGAUUGAGUUUCCACUUUGGAAAUUGAGUAGACAGAGGCAUUAGGAGGUUAGAUGACCUCACUUUUUACUGUACAAUAUUUCUAAGUGAGUGAGUGGGGAUUCGAGAGCUAUGAUCUGUUGGUUUUGUGGCGUGCUAUUGAAAGCUUUUGGAUGGACACGUCCCAGUGUUUAAUAAAAGGCCUUAAUAUGAACAGGCCCUGGAGAGGCUCAGUUUCUCUCUCUCUCUCUCUCGAUCGCAUCGCGAGGCGCGCGAGAGAGCCAUGAGACCCUCGCGAGAGAGCGCGCGCGCCAAACGAGCGCGCGCGAGGCGAGCGGAGCGCGGCGCGAGCGCGAGCGCGAGCGCGCAGACGGCUCAUACGGGAGCGAGGCGGCGCAAAGAGACGAGUGCGAGAGACGAGCAGAGCGCGCGCGCGAGAGCGGAGCUAGACGAGAGCACCAACACAAGGGAGCGCAGGGGCGCGAGCGCGCGAGCAGCGCGACGCGCGCAGAGAGCGCGCGCGAGCUGCGCCGCAAAAACGGGCGAUCACUUACUGCAGAGAGAACACACGGGCCUAUCAACAGGAAGUAUCGAGAGGGGAGCUCUAGAGAGUAGCUCAGACGAUGCUGCUGCUAGCGAUAUCAUCUCCUCUCUGUAGCUCGCUCUCUCUCUAACGACUUUCUCUCUCCACACUCUAUCCUCUCUCUCUAUCUCUCUCUCUCUCUCCUCUCUCUCUCUCUCUCUCUCUCUCUCUCUCUCUCUCUCUCUCUCACACUUUCUCUUUCUCCCUCUCCACAUCCAUCUGGACUUGGGGGAUGAUUUGCCAGCUCUUCCAUGUAGAGAUGCCUCUUUUAAUGUCUGAAAACAGAUUGGUCCCUCGUCACCUGCAUAUUCCCCCUGACCAGCUUGCAUAUGAUGUGGUUCUGCUGUUGACUACUCCUCCCCAUGCUAACACCUGUACUAUAGUAUAAUAACAGGUUCCCACUUGCACCUCCCUCUUGCGUAUUCCCUGAGAAAGCCAAGGCUAGAUAAAUCGAGAUCAGAAAAAUAACUACUUGGCGUGUGUGUGGAAAGAUUUUAAGGUUUUGUUCAUGCAACUGUGCGUUUGGCUUGUGAUUAUGUGUCUAUGAUACGCAAAUCAGAUUAGCAGAUUAGGAGAUACCAAGAGAUGGAUUUUGUUUCUGCAUUUCAGACAAAAUUAUUUGAUCAAGAUCCUUCUUCUGGUUUGAAGCCUCGUAGACUAGCCUGUGUAGAGCAUGAUCCACUUUCUGAUUGUGAGCAGUGGUUUAGGGAAUGUGGGCUGUCAUCCGUGACUGUAAUCUCUCUGACAGUUGGCCGCUCUGUUUCACUACGUGGUUGGUGGUCCUUCAGGAAAGUGGGGUCUAAGCUGAGCACGGCUGGGAGAAAAUGGCCUCUCUGUCACGAGAGUUGCCCGCUGCCCUAGUGUCCACCAUCCUUCCUCCUCAUUGGCCGAUCCGUGUGAUUAGAUGAUUGGACCAUAGACUGUAUAUCGAUAGUGAUGGUAGAAAGCAGUGUUGUCCUCCUGGCUGAUUGUGCCUGUGCUCAUCCUGUGCUCAUCUGUCCAGGCCUGUGCUCAGUAUUUCACCAUGAUGCCUCUGUUCAUUAUGCAGAUCGGCCUUCGAGCAGGACGUGGAGCAUGGCAACACAGAUGGACUGGGAGACUGCCAAAGUAAGCAGGUCUCUUCCCUCUGUUGAUCUGGGCUCAAUGUGCCUCUGUCCUACAGGACAGGGACGGGUCUCUCACCCCACCAUAAACAGCAGAAAAUACACACAUCAUACACACACAAAGACACAGACACACAACCACACACACACACUCACGCAUGCAUGCGCGUGCACGGACAUACACACACAGACACACACACACAGCCCCAUACAUCACUGAAGAAGAACUCUCUGUAUAGACUAGAGUAGAGCACAUAGCUCUGUGUUAGUUUCUGGUUAAUACCAAUUAAUUAGAAGAAAACAAGAAAACAAAGACUUCACAAUCCUUUAACCAGAGAAGCACUAUAGAUCACAGUAGAUAAGAAUGCCUAUCUUCAGUUACGAUCUUCAAUUACUUUAAGGAGAUGGGUUUUGAAUGAUCAAUGUAUCAUUAAUCUUGCAACUUUAGCUUUUGCUCUUUGAAAACAUUAACACAUCUUUCCUUUGACUUUUUAGAUACGUUCGUGGCCCUCAAUGGUAAGUAACCACACAAAAUUAACAAGAUGUUACCUACCCUCACCCUUAUUUAUUUUCAGCUCUUCUCUUCAAUCAAUUCUUUGCUCUCACCGAAAGGAAACCCCGGCCACUAUUUCACAAGAGACUAAACGAACUGAGCUUUAAUUGAAUUCAUUCCUUUUCUUUCUGUAGAUGUUCAGUCCAGUCCUCAUGGUCAUGAAAGGGCUCGCCAUGGUCAGUUUAUUUUUGUUUUCCCCCAGUCUGUUUUAAAGUGUAGUACUGUAGCUUCUAGCGCCCUCCCUAAUCCACUCCCUAGUGUUCAGAGUCCAGACCUUCUCUCCCCUCCACCCCUCCUCCUGCCCUGGCCUGCUCUGCUGUGAAAGAUCCCUAGACUGCAAUGCAAUAGCAUUGAUUUGUCCUGACCUUUCAUUCCCUAAUGGAUCUUGUUGUUAAAGGAAAAGGCAUCUGAGGUUCAUUGUGGUUCACUAGACUCAUCAAGGCACAUGGAAAUGAUGGAGGUUGUUGACAAACACAAGAAGCUGCAACAUUUUUCAUACAAACCCACAGCCGUGCUGCACAAUACCACUAGUUUAGGCUACAGCAUGAAUACUCACGCAGACAGACUGCACAAUUCAAUUCCACACUUACACCUAUCGAGUGUGUUUAUGCUUGAUUCUUGGUGCUGGUUGAUUGAAACCAUCCCCCCCCCCCCCCCCCCCCCCCCCCCCCCCCCCCCCCCCCCCCCCCCCCAGGCUUAUGAAGAAAAAUGAUAAACAGUCUUGAUUAGCCUGCAGCGAUGUCACAGUCUUCCAUAGCACCUCACACAUCACACUUGAGCUGUACAAGAUUCACACUCCCAUAUGGAAUGACAAGAAUAGCAAUUUUUUGGAAGUCAUUCCAGAUAUACCCCCCCACUCCUUAUUUUCUCCCCCCUGUGUUUCUCCCCCUACUGUGUUCCCCAAUUUCUUCCUGUCAGAUUUCGGGUCAAAUACAAAGCGUUUGCUAUUUCAAUGCAGCCCAACAGAAGUGUGUUUAUUCUACCCAAGGUCUGACUUUGUUUUUGAGGCAGUCAAACCCAAGCAUUUCAGGUUCCGACACAGACUGUUGAUAUUAUAUUGAAGAGGAAAAGGGAUCUGCACAAGUCGGCAGUUUAGGAUUUUAUGUUCCGAGGAGCCGAUCCUCCGCCUCUGUAUGUUUGUCAUCUGCCUGAAUUGCACUUCCCCUGGCCGUGGAAAAUUAAUUAUAAAAUAGUCCUGUCACACUAAUCUCUCAGCCCACGGUGCAUUGUUAAAUAAAUCAUUUUAAUGAUUGCCACGCGAAGGCUGCGGGGCUGUUGUGCAUGGAAGACCAACAGCAACAAUCCCAGCCCCCUACCACCUCUCCCCCUCCCCACCAGCCUCUCUAUCCGCAACCACCACUCAUGAGAAAGCGUGUUAAAAUGGUUUACUGUGAGAUGGCCUGAUUAACAUACGAGCUGUUGAUUACAGUAUGGCCGCUCACCGCCUGGGAGUAGCCUCAAAUUAUUGCUCUAAACAGGAGAGACGUGGGGAUGGUAAUGUGAUAAUUUGAUAAUGUGAUUUAUAUGGUUUUCUUGUCAGAGGAGCCACCAAAAUAUACAGACUGGAGCUGAAGGCGGAGGUAGAACGAAUAUUGAUAUUGAUACAACAUAACAACAAAAAUAACAGAGUAUGGUAGGGUCUAAUUUUAGUCCUGUUUUAACUGUGGCCAGUGAUAGGCCAGCAGUGCAGGGUGUCCUUAAGGAGUGUAAUCAGAAGGGUAAUUUAGGUUAGAGGACAUUAAUAUCUUAAUAACCCCUCAUGAUUAAUUUGGUCAUGUUGUUGGGCUUUUUCAAAGAGCUCUACUAAAUAUAGCUGAUGGAUUGACAUUGAAACGUAGUGGGUGGAGGAGAGCCUGGGACGAGAAGAGAAGGGAGGAUUGUUAGGGAGGGAUAGGGCUUUUUCUUGCUCUUCAUAUCAAAGGUAUGCCUCCCUGAGGUGAUUGUGUGAGAGGCGGUUCAGUUCGAGCCAGCGGCAGCGUGACAUGUGAGUGAGAAAAGGAAAGGUUCUCCUCUCCUCAGAGACUCUCUCUCUCUCUGCCUCCCUGCAAGGCCACAGCUCUCUGAAGAUAGAGGGCCCAGUAAUGAGUUGCCCAGGGUCGCCUCACUAGGCAGGGAGGCAGGCACACUGUCUUGUAGCUUCGCACAGCCCAUCUGCCCCUCGAGUGUGUGCGUAUGUACAUCUGUGUGAAAGAGAGUGUGAGGAGAGUUAACCUGUGUUGUGUCCUGCAGGCCAUCCCACCCUCCCAUUCCCCACCACAGCCCACCCCCCUGCAGGAGGACCACUGGGUCGGGGCGGCAUGGUGGAGCAGGCGGACACCCCCAUGCCCUCAGAUAACAGGGACCCCUAUAUGGCGGUGCCCUCUCAGACCCAGCAGGAUGCCAAUGGUAAGCCUUGGAAUAGAAAAGUCCAUUUCUCCAGUGGCAGGGAUGAGAUUAACUGUGUCUGCUUCCAGCUGACUAGCCCGGAACUGUAA